CUAUUAACAACUACUGUCAAAACGAAAACAUGUUCAAUUAUAGCAUAAAAAUUUUAUUCUUUUUUAUUGGCGUCAUCUCAUCUAUUUACUCUAGAGAGAUUUCAACAAAAAAUAAUGGUGCAUCUACUCGGAUCAUUGGAGGUCAAAACGCCACCGUCAACCAAUUUCCAUUUGCAGCAGCAAUCCAAGUACGCACAGAAACUAGCGCUUUCUUCUGCGGUGGUAGCCUGUAUAGAAAUCAGUGGAUAAUUACUGCAGGCCAGUGUGUCUAUAACGCCAUUUUGUUCACGAUUCAAUUGGGAUCAAUACACAUAGAUGCAGAUGAUUCAAACAAAAUGACUUUAGCUACAUCUGAGUACUUUUUGCAUCCCGAUUAUAAUCCAUAUACUUUGGAAAAUGACAUCGCUCUAAUUAAAUUACGAAGUGCAAUAACAUUCACUGAUUACGUUCGGUCGAUUGACAUGUUGGCAGUGGCUGAUUUACAACUUGAUGCUGAUAUUAGUGCUAUUGGAUGGGGACAAACUAGUGACGAAAGUGGAAACUUGGCACCAGCCCUUCAGUAUGUAAAGGUUGUUCCACUAACCAAUGAAGAAUGUAGGUUAACUUACGGGAGUCAGAUUAAAGACAACAUGCUUUGUGUGGAAGGAAACUAUAAUGAAGGUACCUGCAAUGGGGACACGGGAAGCCCACUGGUAGAAAUGUAUAGUCGCAGAUUUACGGUUCAUAGUGGAGUUGCAAGUUUUAUAAGUGGCCAUGGAUGCGAAAGUACAGAUCCCUCGGGAUAUACGAGAACAUUUUCACAUAAAGACUGGAUUCGAAAUGUAACUGGAACGUAAUGCGUCAUCAAUAAAGUAAUGUUAAGAAAUGUAUAACAAAUGAAAAAACACAAGAUAUUUUUUGUAAUAUGUAAUUAAAAACAAUAUAUAUGUUUUGUCAAGUCUAUAGUAUGAAAAUAAAUAUUUUGUUUGUUUAUGA